UUAAAUAGUUAUAAUGUAAUAAUUGAGUUCUAUAUAUAUAUAUAUAAAAUAUGAUUAUGUGGGCAAGUGCUUAAAAUAAGUGUCGUUAUAUGUACAAUCAAGUAAUAUUUAUUCGGGGUAUUAAAAUAUCCAUUGUCAUACGAUAUUUGUAUAGAGUAAUAUGCAAUGGAUCAAAUAAAAAUUUCAAAGCAUUUGAAUUGGCAGGUAGAAAAUGUCCGCUUAUUGGAGAAGUAUAGUAAUAAUCAUUCUAUAGGUACAUUGUAUUUAACUUUAACGGAUCUUAUAUUUGUGGAACGAAAUGGCAAAAAAAAAAUAUGGGUCUUGUAUACUCAUAUAUCUAACAUAGAAAAACAACCUUUGACUACUGCAGGAUCACCAUUACAUAUUAAGUGCAAACAUUUUUAUAUCGUUACUUUUGUUAUACCUAAGGAACGCGACUGCCAUGACAUUUAUCUUACAUUAUUAAAGCUUUCUUGUCCAGCAAAUUUAGAAGAUCUUUAUUGCUUCAGUUAUCAAUCGAGUAAAUUACCUCAACACGUUGGCUGGAAUUUUUUUAAUGUACAAAGUGAAUUUCAAAGACAAGGAGUACCAAACGAAGAAUGGUCUCUUUCCUACUUGAAUACUAAUUAUGAGCUUUGUGAUACAUACCCAAAAUAUAUAUAUGUUCCAAGCACUUGCGCGGACAAUAUUUUGUUGGGUAGUGCAAAAUUUCGAAGUAGGGGAAGACUUCCCGUGUUAACAUAUUUGCACUCGAAUAAGGCUGUUAUCUGUCGUUGCAGUCAACCGCUUUCAGGAUUUAGUGCUCGAUGUCCAGAAGACGAAUCAAUAAUGUAUUAUAUACUUUGUACAAAUCCUAAUUCUAAAUACAUGUAUGUCGUAGAUACAAGACCACGCAUUAAUGCUUUUGCGAAUCGAGCAGCGGGUAAAGGAUAUGAAAAUGAAAAUUUUUAUGAUAAUAUAAAGUUCCAUUUUUUUGGAAUAGAAAAUAUACACGUCAUGAGAACAAGUUUGAACAAACUUAUAGAAUUACAAAGGACAACAUCGAUGAAUGCAUUUUUAAAUGGUCUAGAAAGCAGUGGAUGGUUAAAACAUAUUCGUUCUAUAUUGGAAACUGCUUGGUUUAUCGCACGAGCAGUUUAUACUGGCGUGAGUGUAGUAGUACAUUGCAGCGACGGUUGGGAUCGUACUGCACAAGUAUGUUCCCUGGCUGGUUUACUUUUAGAUCCAUAUUAUAGAACUAUCCAAGGAUUUCAGGCACUAAUAGAAAAAGAUUGGCUGUCGUUCGGUCAUAAGUUCAGUGAUCGCUGUGGCUAUAUUAGUAGCGAUGGCAAAGAACUAGCACCAAUAUUUACUCAAUUUAUAGAUGCAACCUAUCAAUUAUUACAACAAUAUCCACAUAAAUUUCAAUUCAAUGAAUUAUUUCUUUUAACGCUUCAUGACCAUGUACAUAGUUGUCAGUAUGGAACAUUUAUUGGAAACUCGGAAAAAGAGAGGCAGACGUUUAGAUUAGCCGAAAGAACGUAUUCUUUAUGGGGAUAUAUUGCUAAUAAUACGAACGAGUAUAUCAAUCCACUUUAUGAAUGUAAACCUUGGAACGACGAUUCUAAUGAUGUUCUCCAGCCAAAAUUAGCACCGCAAAGUAUUAUCAUUUGGAGAGGAUUAUAUUUUAGAUUUGAGAAUGGUAUUCACCCUAGAGAGACGUACGAGAAUAUGUUAUUGACAAUUCAUGAUCAUACUAGUUCUUUAGAAGAUCACGUUAAACUUCUUAUAAAGAGAUUCAAUUCUUUGAGUCAAUUAUUAAAUUUAAAUGACGUACAAAGAAAAAAUAUUCAAGGUAAACAUAAAUUUGAUAAUAAAUAUGUUAAAGAAUCCUUAUCCGAAACUAUCGAGGAAAAUGUGAAUCACGAUGAAAAAAUGAAAACUAAAGAAAAAGUCAGCCAAAUUGAGAAGGAGUUGAAAACAGUUGCUAUAGAAUGGAAGUCGUCUCGUAAUAUGGAGGAAUGUACUUGUUCAACUAAUUUUGAUGCGUUUAAUAGUAAGCAUCAUUGUUGGUCUUGCGGAGAAGUACUAUGUACGCGAUGUAUGGAUACGCACGGUGUUUUAGCUGGACAUUUAUCGCAACGUGCAGUACCUAUUUGUAAAUCAUGUUCCCAACAUUCUGGUAGUUCUUCGAUCACUCCUUGAUCGUAUUACAUACGAUAGAUAUUAUUUAGAUCGAUCGGCAUUAUUAAAAUCAAAAAUACUUCAUCAAAGGAAUCGACAAAUGAUUAUGCUAUUUAAAAUUUAUUUUGCGCGGAAUGUAAGAAGUAUUAAAGUAAAGCUGCCGUUGAAAUCGUACGUAUCGUUAGUAAUACAAAUAUUUUAUCUAAUUGAUUUUUUCCAGACAUAUUUAUUCGUUCGAAUUUUAAAUUAAUUAAGAUUAUUAUCGAAUUUGUAUUUCUAUAAUUAAAAUGAUCUCUCAUUGUCAGUCAAAAUCAAUAAUAUUUUGCAUUAAGAAUAUAUCGGAUUUUUCGUUAUUAAAUGGAAGUAGAAUAUGCCUGACGGAUAAUGUCGAGCUUGUGAUAAUAUUACAAGAGAAUUUAUCUAAAUAGCCAUUUUUUGUUGUAUUUAGACUAUAUACGGCAUUUAAAAAGAUUUUUCAGAUAAAAAAUGAAAUAAUAUGUGAAAUAAAAAUAUUGUUAUGUGAAAUAGAAUGGUAUUAAAUGUGAAUUAAAUAUUGUAAGCAAAAUGGUAAUAAUAAUAAAAGAAAAUUAUUCGU